AUGCAUGAACCAGGGAAACUUGAUGAGGAUCAAGUUUCUGAUGACAACAAGGUUAAUCACCUCACUCUCGCUAGCCAAGUUAAUCAACCAAGACUUCCUAGGCCCUGGGAAUUACGGGAGGAAGAGGAAUUAGAAACUUUUAUUAAGGAAGAUUCCCAAUACUGGGAUUACUGUCAUGAGACCUAUCCGGAUCAAUAUGGAGAGCUAGUUCAGUUCAAGACCUUGCCAACUGGCAAACCGAUGCUGUUCCAGUGGUUGCCCUGGGGAACCAAAGGGAGGUUUGAGCCACAAACCUCAUACCCAAUUGUGGCAGAGUCCAGUGUUGAUGCUGGAGAGGAUAAAGUUCAGCUCAGUGCAGCACAAAUAGAUGUUAUUAAGGCUGUCAAGGCUGAGUAUGAGCUGGUGAAUCCUUCUGCUGAGCCUAAGGCAACAAUUGAAAUUAUCCAGAAUGAAAUUUCUGGGGAGGAAACAAUGAUGGGAAAUAUAUGCAUAACUCCGAACCUGACUUCCGGAGUCCUACUUCCCUUCCGUCACCUUCUCCUUGCCGACUCCCAAGAGGUUAUCCCACCUCUGGCUCGGACACCACCUUCGGUCCGACUCUGGAACAUUCCGGGUCCGACCCCAACCUCGACACCUUCCAGACGAGUACGCAAAACCUAUGCUCCUGACUCCGGACCUCAGCUCCGGAAUCCCGUUUGCAUCUCUGUCUCCAGAACCUCUGGUCUUAGCUCUGACCUCGGACUUUGA